GGUCGAUAAUAUAACCCACGACGAUGCAGACAUUGUCAAAUCAUUGAGAAAGUUGGGCGCUGUUACCUUGCCCGAACAAAUCAGCCGCAGUCUUUAAUGCAUCUGGAAACCUCGAACAAUAUCUAUGGCACUACUGUUAAUCCCAGAAAUCGAAUGUUGACCGCUGGUGGUAGCACAGGCGGCGAAGGAGCGCUAAUGGCGAUGCACGCGACUCCACUAGGAAUUGGAGGUGAUAUCGGAGGGUCUAUUCGAGUUCCAGCUGCUUUGAACGGGAUCUACGGCUUCUAUCCUACCAUCGGGCGGGUUAGUGGUAAAGGAGCCGUCAUUCCCUCGCCCGGUUGUGACUUGAUUCCGGGCACACUUGGGCCAUUUGUGAGAUCGCUACGAGAUAUUGAGCUGUUCUGCAAAGCCUACUCCCUUGCCGAGCCCUGGGUAGAUGAUGUUUCUCUUAUCCCUGGGGAUAUGUUGUCCCCAAGUCUAGGACGUCAGCUCGAUUCCUCCCGACCUCUUCGGGUAGGUGUUUUGGCUCACGAUGGUGUCGUCGCACCUUUACCACCGGUCCGCAUAGCUCUUGAUAUUGUAAAGAAACAUCUCGAGCAGACUGAGUCUCUGGAGAUCAUGCCAUUUACUCCUUUCAACCACGCAGACGCGUGGCGAAUCAUCACGGCCAAUUAUUUCGAGGAUGGAGGUGCCGAUAUCCGAGCCUUGAUGCAGGCUGGUAAUGAGCCAUCGAUGCCGCUCACGGACUGA